CGAGAUUCUUUCCGAACGAUGGAAAACCGCAGAUUGGAAGCUCGACUCUCCCAUCCUUCACCACAAACCCCACGUGUCUGGAAUAUUCUUGAGAUAGUAUGAUUCCUGUCAUUUUUGGAAAAGCGGACGUGGGCCUGAGCUUGUUGAAACGCGGGCUUUCACGUUCGCGGCGGUGCGGCCGCUCGCUCGGAUGCGCGCAGGGGCCUCGGCCCCGGGCACGCGCUCGCGGCAGAAACAGCGACGCUCGGCCACACACACACUCGGGCCGCUUCUGACAGAAGUCAGCGUUUGUUUCCAGUCAGCGCAGUUGUUCUCCGGCCGCUGACUGAAACGCAGAACGGCCGCGGCGACGGCAGGGCAUACAAGAGUUAAAUUCGGAAUAAGUCUACAGGUAGAAUGGACAGCUACUUUAAAGCAGCUGUCAGUGACUUGGACAGACUCCUUGAUGAUUUUGAGCAGAACCCAGAUGAACAAGAUUAUCUUCAAGAUGCACAAAAUGCAAAUGAUUCUAACCACUGUUCAGUUUCAUCAGAGUUAGCUUCCUCACAGCUAAUACCACUGCUCCCAAAGGACCAACAAUGCAUCGAUAGUUGUGGCUCAUCAGAAACAUGCUUCGAAGCAAAUGAGAUUUCCUUGAAUGAGAAAACCCUUGAGGGACGAACUGCUAUACAAAAUGAAAAAAAUGUGACAGGACUGGACCUGCUUUCUUGUGUGGAUGCCAAUACUUCAGAUGAAACCCAGCCUUCAUAUAUGGGACGGUGUAGGAAGCCUGUUUGUGAUCUGAUAAGUGACACGGGCAACUUAGUUCAUGCAACUAGUAGUGAAGAGGAUAUUAAACAAUUAUUGCCAGAUGAUAUUAAGUCUAGUGCAGAUUCUUUGAUUGGAUGGGACUUACCUUCAGUGUCAGAUACUCCCUGUGUUUCUUCAACAGACCGUGGUAGUAGUCCCGUCAGAGAAGAACAAAAUGAUAACAACUCUGAAUUACAAAAUAAAGAAAUCACUGGAACCAAAGAAUUAGGUUUAGAAGCUGACACAGCACUUUUAGAUUCUAGUAAUCAUGACAGAACAGAAAGUUUAGAAGAUAAAAAGAUCUCUAACCAGCUAGAACCAGUUACUGAGUUUAACACAUCAUCUGCUUUGACUCAACAAAGUUCCAAAAUAUUUGACGCCAAAGACAACCUACAACACAGGAGUCAGCCACUUGAAUCCUUAAAAGAUGAUGGCUGUUUGGAAAAAGAGGAGGUAGUAGAUGCGGCUGUCAUUACUGCCACAGAACUUUUAAAAGAAGGAAGUAGCACAAGUGCUUUGCCUUGCAGUCUUACCAAAAAUGAAGGUUUAUACUUAAAUGAUUCACAUGCAGAAGAUGAAAACUUCAAGUUACCUGAUUUAUCCUUUGAGGAAGAUACACCUGCUUUACUUAUAAAGCAGUUUGCUGAUGAAGACGUAAGAAGUCUAGAUUUUAAAGACGAUAAUGAUGCAGUGCAGGAUUGCUCUCCAGCUUUACCUGCUUCCAAAGCAGAUGUCUCCUCCCCGCUGUCCUGUCUGCCGUUGGCUGGGUCUUUGUGUGGAGCGUUAAUGGAAAGGAAAGCGCAUGGUGAUUGUUUACCGCAGAGGGAAGACAAGGAUAGUGUGCAGGAUGCGGUGACUGUGCGGGAAGUACAGGCGCGCAUUCCGCAUGGCGAGCCCUGCAGAGCGGCGGAGCUCUUGAAAGAGGAGACGUGUAAAAGCACACUUCUGCAGCCAUUCAUAGAGAAGAGGGGGGAUGGAAAGGUGGAUCCUGACCCGACAGUAACCCGAGUUGCAUCGUUGAGUUACCCUGGUAACACCGAUGCCUGUACCGCCUCAGGACCCCAGAUGGAACUUCCUGGUGCUGCCGCGCCAGAGCCUCCCGACCCCUGUGACGGCCUCGCUUUCUCAUGCAGUGACAUGGAUGGGCAAGAUUUGGAUUACUUUAAUAUCGAUGAGGGUAUGAAGAGUGCUGCACUAAUUAGUGAUGCGGAGCUUGAUGCCUUUUUGACAGAGCAGUACCUUCAGACCACUAACACACAGUGUUUUGAAGAAAAUGUGAAUGACUCAGAAUCUCAGAGCGGUGCAGGAGAUAGGAAAGGCUUAGGAAAUGGACAUGUUGAUAAUAUAUAUUUUAAUGCCGAAGCAGGAGCUGCCAUGGAAAGUGGUAACAUUAAUAUGAUUUGUCAGACAGUUGAUAAGCAAAAUACACUAGAAAAUAAUGAGCUUUCUUUAGGGCAGAAAAGCAUAAUUCCAGGUGAACAAGGGUUACCUACCAGUAAGUCUGAGGUGAUGAGUGAAUUACCAGUCUCUGAUACUAACAGUCAGUCUGUUUAUGUUGGAGGGGCCAGACCUAAGCAAUUAUUUAGCCUUCCAUUAAGAACAAGGGGUUCAAAGGAACAGAAUAAGCUGGAUGUUCCAGACACGUCAGAAAGCAAACCCAGCAUAGCGAAUAGCAUCGCUCCAACCAGCUGUACUGCAGAUCCUGCAGCUGAUCCUCAGGCUAACUUCAACUCUAAUUAUAUCGAUAUAGAAAGUAAUCUUGAAAGUAGAGCCAGUCUUGUAACUGCAAAUGAAGAGUCUGUGCCUGAAAACACAUGCCAAGAAGGCCUGGUUUUAGGCCAGAAACAACCUGCAUGGGUCCCAGACUCAGAGGCUCCAAACUGCAUGAACUGCCAAGUCAAGUUUACCUUCACAAAACGGCGCCACCACUGCCGAGCGUGUGGGAAAGUGUUUUGUGGUGUCUGCUGUAAUCGGAAGUGUAAGCUGCAGUAUCUAGAAAAGGAAGCAAGAGUGUGCGUAAUCUGCUAUGAGACUAUCAGUAAAGCUCAGGCAUUUGAAAGGAUGAUGAGUCCAACUGGUUCUAAUCUUAAAUCUAAUCAAUCUGAUGAGUGUGCCACUGUCCAGCCUCCUCCGGAGACCCAAACAGCCAGUGUACCUUCACCUUUGCCCAUCUCAGCACUUAAACAACCAGGUAUUGAAGGGAAUUGUGCUUCCCGGACCUCCAGCCUGGCAUCAGAGAACACCGUACCAGCGUGGGCUUGGGGCUCAAAGACAAUAGGACUGUGCUCCAAAGAACAGAAGAGAGUGUGGUUUGCAGAUGGCAUAUUGCCAAAUGGUGAAGUUGCAGACACAACAAAAUUAUCAACCGGAAGUAAAAGAUGUCCUGAAGGCUUCAGUCCUCCCUCACCUGAUGUGCUGACGAUGGCAAACACAGUGGAUCAUGUCCAUUCUUCUACAGUGGAAAAACCAAACAAUGAAUUAGGAGAUACUACAAAAGUGGAGAUAAUUCAGAGUCCUGCUUCUCAGGUUCCUUCUGUGGGAAAACUGCCUGUAUACACAGGAACGGAGGGCUUGCCUCCUCCCGGUUCUCUUGUAGAUGAUGAUGUUUUUACAGAGAGUGAAGAGCCUUCUGCUCCUCCUGCUGUCACGGUUAACAGCACCAGGCCUGCUGCUGGUACUUCAGACUAUCAGUUACUGUGUGGGAUUGAGAAAUGUGUUUGCAACAAGGUCAGUCUUCUUCCUAAUGAUGAGGACAGUUUGCCCCCACUUCUCAUUGCUGCUGGAGAAGAGGGAUCAGUGCCUAUAGUUGAAGAGCACCCAGCUCAUGAGCAGAUCACUAUGCUUCUCAAAGGUGAAGAGUGGCGUCCUGUUACGUUUGUCCUAAAUGCUAACCUCCUCGUGAAUGUGAAGUUAGUAUUUUAUUCCUCAGACAAAUAUUGGUACUUCUCAACCAAUGGAUUGCAUGGCUUGGGACAGGCAGAAAUUAUUAUUCUGUUGUCAUGCUUGCCAAACGAAGAUACUAUUCCUAAGGACAUCUUCAGACUGUUUAUCACCAUAUAUAAGGGCGCUCUAAAAGGAAAAUACAUAGAAAACUUGGACAAUAUUACAUUUACUGAGAGCUUUCUCAAUGACAAGGAUCAUGGAGGAUUCCUGUUCAUCGCACCUACUUUUCAGAAACUUGAUGAUCUCCCCCUACCAAGUCGUCCUUUCCUCUGUGGGAUUCUUAUUCAGAAGCUCGAGAUUCCCUGGGCAAAGGUUUUUCCCAUGCGUUUAAUGUUGAGAUUGGGUGCAGAGUAUAAAGCAUAUCCUGCUCCACUUACCAGCAUCAGGGGCCGAAAGCCUCUCUUUGGAGAAAUAGGCCACACUAUUAUGAACCUACUUGUUGACCUUCGCAAUUACCAGUAUACUUUGCAUAAUAUAGACCAGCUGUUGAUUCAUAUGGAAAUGGGGAAAAGCUGCAUUAAAAUACCUCGGAAAAAAUACAGUGAUGUGAUGAAAGUGAUCAGCUCUUCUAACGAGCACGUCAUCAGCAUCGGCGCUAGUUUCAGCACGGAGGCCGACUCUCACCUGGUCUGUGUGCAGAGCGAUGGCGUGUAUCAGACACAGGCCAGCAGUGCCACUGGCCAGCCCCGGAAAGUGACAGGUGCAAGUUUUGUGGUAUUCAAUGGAGCACUGAAGACAUCUUCAGGAUUUCUUGCUAAGUCCAGCAUUGUUGAAGAUGGCUUAAUGGUACAAAUAACUCCAGAGACCAUGGAUGGCUUGCGGCUUGCUCUACGAGAACAGAAGGACUUCAGAAUUACAUGUGGGAAAGCUGACGCAGCAGACCUGAGAGAAUAUGUAGAUAUCUGCUGGGUAGACUCAGAAGAAAAAGGAAACAAAGGUGUUAUCAGUCCGGUGGAUGGACUGUCAUUGCAAGGAUUUCCAAGUGAGAAGAUAAAACUGGAAGCAGACUUCGAAACUGAUGAGAAGAUCGUCAGGUGUACUGAGGUAUUCUACUUUCUAAAGGACCAGGACACAUCUGUUUCAUCACCUCGUUACCAGUUUGCAAAGGAAAUAGCUAUGGCUUGCAGUGCUGCACUGUGCCCUCAUCUGAAAACUCUGAAGAGCAGCAGGACAAGUAAGGUUGGACUCAGAGUUUCCAUCGACACCGACAGGGUGGAAUUUCAGGCAGGGUCUGCAGGCCGGCUUCUGCCUCAGCAUUACCUGAAUGACCUGGACAGUGCGCUCAUCCCUGUGAUCCACGGUGGGACUGCCAGCUCUAGUUUACCGCUGGAAAUAGAACUGGUCUUUUUCAUUUUAGAAAAUCUUUUUUAGUGAAAAGAUGUGCCCCACUAUGUAUUGCAAACUGAUUGGUUAAACCUGCUAGCGCUGAAGCGGAAAUGCCACAAACACUAAAAGUAAAUAUGAUUGGUGUUCAAAACACACACGCUUUGCUUUUUCGCAGCCAUGACCUUUUAAAACAUGAGCACAAUAUUUAAGUAUCUGAACAUUUGAGAGAUCCACAGUUUUUAGAGCUUUACUAAAAACACUAGAAUUUCUUGUACCUACCAGGCAUUUGUAGCAUUUACUCUUAUUUAAACGCUAAGCCAAAGCAUCUGCACUUAGGUGUAGCUCUUCAUGCCAAGAAGGAUUUUAACGAAGGCGCUGUUCAGAUGUUGCUUGUGAAGGAGACAUCUGUGUUGCGAGUGUGCCAGUUGGAAACGCCGACUUCUGAUGUCUGUCGGUGUAUUUCAGUGGCACGGACCACUUUCAGGAUCUCAGAAUUAUUUGAAUAAAGCUGAUAACUUAUUUGUAUAAUUGGAGUGGAGACCUACCUCCAUGAUUAGAAAAACUGUUUGGAUUAAAUUCAGAAUUUUGCCUUUUUUCUUCUCAAAUUAUUUUAUAUAUACAUAUAUAUAAUUUUCCUGAUUAAAUGGGUAUUGUUAAAAUAAGUGCGGGUGCUUCAAGAUUUUGUGCUUCUGUAUUUAUGUUGUUUUUAUAGGAAGAACAUAUGAUUUGGUAUGUAUUUUAUAAAUCCUUAAUAUUUAUACACAAUCAAUAUUUUUGUAUCACAUGAUGUUUCCUCCUCUUCUUCCAAAGCGUAGUAGUAUGGUUACCACCUCGGAGAGUGACUGAGAACAGGCCGGGGACCCUUGAGGUCGGCAUGGUGUAGCCACAGACGCAGCCUGAAGCAGAUGUUUAUUUUCUUUCUUUUUUUUUUUUUUUCACUAUCACAUUAAUCUGUAGAAAUUUCCUGGUAAUCCUAAGGAACUUUUUCAUACUUUAAAUUCUUUAUAUGCUGGUUAUUUUUAUAAAAGGAUAUUAACACAAGUUAAAGUCUUUACAUUUGAAACUUGACAGAGCGCUCCUCUUCAAACAGCAAAAACGAAAUUAUUGGGGGUCGUGGGGAAAGGGGAGAAAGAAAAUAAAGGGCAUCUAUUAAUAUAUUCUGUCAUUUGAGGUGUAUGGAAUGUAAUCAGCUUGACGGUUUUUUCUUGUUACAUGAAAUGUUUUUGUAUCAAAAACACUGUGUAUCUCAAGAAAAAGAAACUGCACUAAAUAGUCUUAAGAAAAAUAUUUAUGAAGCAUUUCAACUUGAAGAUAAAUCAGGUUUGUAACUCAGGAUCUGAAGUGUCAGGCUAGGAGAGACUGAGAAUGUCAAUCAGUUUGGGCAGGUGCUCCCUACUGAGAGUAGAACCCUACAGCUGCAGAACUAGCCAAAGACACGGGGUGAAGGAGAAGCAGUCUUCUGGAAACAGCUACUUUAUACACAGUGUAAAAUGUUGCAGAUAUCAAAUAAAAUGGCAGCAUAUUCAUAA